AUGGGUUAUGCAUCGAGCGGGGCUGGGCGAGCAGCGCAUGAAGCGCUGCUGGCGAGACAAGAUGCUGAGCUGCGACUAAUGGAAACCAUGAAAAGGAGUCUUCAGGCUAAGAUGAAGAGUGACCGGGAAUACGCUCUCGCUCUUUCUGCCGCUGCUGCCCAAGGUCAGAAGAUGGAUAAAUGCGAGGAUCUCAACGGCUCACUAAUUGCUUCGGCCUGGCGCACCAUGACCGAAGAAUGGGAAAAUACCAGUCGGUUGAUCAGAGCCAAUGCCGAGGCUCUUGAGUCCCGGGCUCUCGACCGUCUGAUUACUUUAAUGACAGAGCGGCGUAAGACCCGCAAAGUCUACCAAGAAGACCAUACUAAAAUCUCGUCUCAGUUUACUCAGUUAACCGAAGAAGUGCAGAGGAAGCAAAGUGAAUACCAGAAGUGCCUCGAAUCCUACAAGCAAAUGAGGGCAAAGUUCGAGGAGAACUAUCUUAAAUGUCCAACAAGCCGGGGCGGGCGGAAGCUGGACGAGACCCGUGACAAAUACAGCAAGGCUUGCAGAAGGUUGCAUCGGGCGCACAAUGAGUACGUGCUUCUGUUGGCGGAGGCCACGGAGUGCGAGAGGGCACUAAGGACCGCCGCUCUUCCCUCUUUAUUGGAUCAGCAGAAACGGCAGGGUGAAGCUACCGCUGCUUCGUGGAAGGCGAUAUUACUGGAGGUGGUGCAAAGGUCGGACUUUAGCACGGACAAAUUUAGAGAGAUACAGGGCAGAGUAGAGUGCACCAUUCAGAACCUGAAACCUCAAGAUGAAUACAAAGAGUUCAUGGAGAAAUACAAAUCCCCUCCAUCAACGCCCAUAACGUUUACAUUCGACGAGAGCUUAGUGGAAGACACGAGUGGUAAAUUACAACCUAACCAGCUAACGGUGGAUAACCUCACGGUGGAAUGGCUGAAGGAAAAGCUGACGGAGUUGGAAUCGACGCUGCAAGAUAACAGGGAAAAGCAGACCGCGUUGCACGGACCAGAAAUUAUAGGCAACGGAGUCUGCAAGAAUAACAACACUAGCGUUACCAAUGGCGUAAAUGGUGUUGAUAGGCACUCGCCGCCGCCUAUCCCGGUGACGGCAUCGGAGCCGACGAAGCUGCUGGAGCUGCGCGUGGCGGAGCGCAAGUGCGCGCGGCAGGCGGAGCUGAUCCGCGCCGCGCUCGCCGAGCUCGGCUGCGAGGAGGCGCCCAGCGGCUGCCCCGACCUCUCCGCCGAGACCGUCGGCGGCGACAGCCUGGACGGCAGCUCGCCCGACCAUCAGGAUCGAUCACCGAUGGGCUCGAAAGCGUCGGUGGAAGCGUUGCGGUUGCACCUCCAUUCGAUAAUACCCCCGAGGCCCUUCUUCAAAAUGUUCACGAGGCCUUUCAGACGCAAGUCCGCGCCAUCGAGCCCGGCCCUACCGCCAAAAACAUACCGGAGUAGCAGCGAAGGGCCCGCAGAUACGGUGAGUGUGAGCGAGGCGGAGCGGUCGCUGGUGGAGCAGGAGUGGUUCCACGGCGUGCUGCCGCGCGAGGAGGUGGUGCGGCUGCUGCGCGCGGACGGCGACUACCUGGUGCGCGAGACCACGCGCAACCACGCGCGCCAGCUCGUGCUCUCCGUCUGCUGGGGCCAGCACAAGCACUUCAUCGUGCAGACCACGCCUGAGGGCCACUACCGUUUCGAGGGCGCUGCUUUCCCGUCUGUAGCAGAGCUGAUAGCGUGGCAGCGCGCCAGCGGAGUGCCGGUGACGGCGCGCUCCGGGGCGCUGCUGCGGCGAGCCGUGCCGCGCGAGACCUGGGAGCUUAACAACGAUAACGUGCAGCUGCUCGACAAGAUCGGACGGGGUAACUUCGGCGACGUUUACAAGGCCCGAUUGAAGACAACUGGACAAGAGGUAGCAGUGAAGACGUGCCGAGUUGCGUUGCCCGAGGAGCAGAAGCGCACGUUUCUACAAGAGGGCCGCAUACUAAAGCAGUACCAACAUCCGAAUAUCGUGCGACUGAUUGGCAUCGCCGUGCAGAAGCAACCUAUUAUGAUCGUCAUGGAACUUGUUCCAGGCGGGUCGCUGCUGACGUUCCUGCGCACGCGCGCGGGCGCGCUGGGCCCGCGGCCGCUGCUGGCCAUGUGCCGCGACGCGGCGGCCGGCAUGCGCUACCUGGAGUCCAAGAACUGCAUCCACCGCGACCUGGCCGCGCGCAACUGCCUCGUCGCCGACGACCACACCGUCAAGAUCUCCGACUUCGGCAUGUCGCGCGAGGAGGAGGAGUACAUCGUCUCCGGCGGCAUGAAGCAGAUACCCAUCAAGUGGACCGCGCCUGAGGCGCUCAACUUCGGCAAAUACACAUCCCUUUGCGAUGUCUGGAGUUACGGCGUGCUGAUGUGGGAGAUAUUCUCUAAAGGCGACACUCCGUACGCGGGAAUGAGCAAUUCUCGCGCGAGAGAAAAGAUUGAUACCGGUUAUCGUAUGCCGGCGCCAGAAGGCUGUUCCGAGGAAGUGUACGCUUUGAUGCUACGUUGUUGGGAGUACGAAGCCGAGAAACGGCCUCAUUUCCACCAAAUAUACACAAUCAUCGACAACAUAUACAAUAGGUAA